AUGGAUCUCAAAGAGCUGGGGGUACCAGUGGCCUUUGUAAAUAUACGGCCACCCAAGCCAGAUGAUCAAAGGCCACUGGUGGCAUUGAUCUACGCAGAUGUGAUGGAACCAGGUUCCUCGAAGCCAUGGCCAUUAGACGAGAAGACAGGAAUCCGCUACGCUAGUCUGUUGAUGGAGUGCUCACUGCAGAAGUCCAAAGUGAAUUCGCACACGUCUACAGCAGCUGCGGGUAAUGAUGAUGGUGAUGAUGACGGCGAUGAUGAAAUCCAAGUCAUCUCCCCACCCGUGACUAGAUAG